CGUCACAAUGAGGUUUUAAGUCUGAUCCCAGAUAGUACACCAUUCGACAAAUUUCUCUAACUAAUAAAAAGCAGAUGAUAAACUCAAUGUUACCGCAAAAGUUGUCGAAAACUGAAUGCCGGAUCAUUCAUGUCACCGCAAAUCAAGAAACUGUUUUGCAGGAACAGUUCAAUAAGUGGCCAAAAAAUCCUCAUAAAGCGGAUGUCGUACUUCUAGCAGCUGAAACAGGAUUAUCGGAAGAAAAUGUACAGGUUUGGUAUUCAUUAAAACUAGCACACCUAAGAAAAGAACAAGGAUUAGGUGGUGGUUUUAGACUAAACUGUAAUUACCAAUUAUUAAACUUGUAA